GCGUUGCUUGGCAACGAGUUUAGUCAGUUGACUAUCUGUAGCGCGACUUUACGGUAGUCAAGUCCGCCAACUUGCUAGCGACAAGCGCGCCUUGUUCAAACGAGAGUAUCAGCCAUAUUAUUAAAAACAAAAGACAUUCGCAGACGCGUUGUCGUGUGUUAUAAAAUUUAAUACUUGUGUCUAAAAAAUCACAAUGGCUACGGAAGUUAUCAAUAACGCUCCUGAUAAUACUACGAAGGAAAAGGAGUUGAAAGAGGACGCGCCGGUCGACAAUAGCCAAACAAAGGAAGAAGCUGCUGCUGCCGAAAAAGCAGAAGAGAAAGUAGCUGAAGAAAAGAAAACUGAACCGGCACAGCCUAAGCCAACCGUUCAUAAAGCUAAUUUUCAACAAGAUGUCGUUUACUUGUAUCAAUUCUCUCGAACGCCUUUGUUGCCGUCUACUUCUCCGUACUGCUUGAAAGUCGAGACAUGGCUUCGUUUGGCCGGCAUCAAAUAUGAGAAUGUGGACCACAAGGCGAAGUUCCGAUCCAAGAAGGGCCAGCUCCCGUUCAUUGAGCUGAACGGCGAGGAGAUCGCCGACAGCGCCUUCAUCAUCAAGCAACUUUCCGAGAAAUUCGACAAGGAUCUCGAUGCAGCUCUCACCCCCGAGCAACGCGUUGUCACACACGCUAUGAUAUCCAUGAUUGAGAAUCAUCUAUCAUGGGUGAUGCUGUGGUGGCGCGCCAAGUACCCCGAUAGCGUGAUCAAGGGCUACCAGGUGAAUCUCCAGAACGCGCUCAACACUCGCCUGCCCAACGCCAUCCUCAACUUCUGCUACAAACUGACCUCCGGACGUAAGGGAAUGAAGAAGGCGAAGGCCCACGGCAUCGGGGUUCACAGCCAGGAAGAGAUAAUCGAGUUCGGCAAGAACGACUUGCGUGUGCUCUCAGACUUGCUCUCCGACAAGCCUUUCUUCUUCGGGGACGAGCCGACACUUCUCGACGUGGUUGCGUUCGCAAAUCUCGCGCAACUGCACUUCAUCGACAAAGAGGUGCCCCACCUCCUGCGUGAUGCUAUGAAUGAUUCCUUCCCGAAUCUAGUGGGACUUGUAUCACGCAUCAAAGAGAGGGCGUAUCCCGACUGGGACGAGAUCUGCGCCAGCGAGCCGGCUCCCGUUAAGAAGGAGGCCAAAGAGACCAAAGAAGGCACGGGCCAGCCGGAGAAGCAGCCGCUCGAAGAGCCAGAAAAGGAGAAGGACGAGAAAGAGGAGCUCGCUGAAAAGGAGCCCGAAGACAAAGAGAACGAGAAGGAGAAGGAAAAGGAGAAGUAAAUUGAAUUUGGAACGGCGCCCCACCCAUUCGAAUUUCAAACGGCGCUACAUUAUUCACCUAUUGUAUAAAUAUUGAAACGGUGGCUGUAGGAAUUAACUCAAUAUCGUAGUUGAUAUAUAGACGCCGCCAUACUGACAUGCAAGUUGCACUUAGGAGUCAGGCUCGUUGCAAUCUGUAUAUUAUAAGCGUGUAAAUCCAUUUGUCUUUCCCGUAUCUUCAGUUUAAGACGCGAAAGCGCAAUUUUGUUUUGUCAUAAUUAAUUUAAAUUAGAUUCGCUGUUGUGUCGUUGUAACACGACUUUGUUUCGUUGGUGUAUCGAUUUGAUGUGUUGCUUAUAUUUUGUCGUAUCGCUGAUUUGAUUUGUAUCGUAUCUAGUAAGUUAUUUAGUACUUACAUCCGUAGGUCGUAUAUUCAGCUGAUAUUGUAGUGUAUUGAAUAAAUUUAGUGUUAAAAUUAUUGAUAACCCAUCUAUGUCACUUUGUAUUGUUAAGUAUGGUUAGCGGAUACCGUUUCAUAUAUUCAAUGUUCUAGGGAGCAUUUUCAUGACUCUUUCAUAUUAGAACGUAGACACAUUUGUCUAAGUUAUUUAUGUGCUCAUACGUAAUCAUUCAUACAUAGAUAACCUUGAAUGUUGUGAAAUUACAAAUUUAAGUAUUAGUAUAAUUGAUACCAAAAA